AUAUGACAAUUGUAAAUUCUUUCUAAUCUCGCCGACUCCAAUCGUCGCCGUCGCUACCGCCGCCGUAAGCCACUGCUGCUAACCUGCUUUUACCGCCGAUUCUUCCGUCUCUUCGAAUCUCUCGUAAAAAGAUGGCUGGACUCUCAGGAUUUAGGAGCCUUCCUCCCAAAGCUAAGAAUUUGGUGGUUGCCGGGGGUUUGACAGCAUUUGUCUUCGGAACGUACUACUACACAAUGAGAGCUGUUGGAGGUACAGAUGAACUGCAAGUAGCAAUAGAUAAAUUUGAAGCAGAGAAGAGCAAGACAGAGGGUGAUGGUACUAGCAUGCCAUCAAAGGUUUAAUUUCUUUUUGCAAGAAAAACAGUAGUUUUCUCUCUGCUUUUACUACUUUGUGUUAAGAUCAAGGCUUUAGUUGUUUUACAUGACAUGAAAAUGUUAAAAUGUGAUAUUGAACUCGGUUGGGGAUUAUGAUGCAUGUAAAAUAAACUUUGCCACUGCUUUCUAUUGUAUGAAGCUGGGGCAGAAUGGCAUUACAAGGUUAAGAUGAAAAAAAUACAGCACAUUUUCUGUUUA